AUGAGAAACAAUACAGAUUGUGAUGAAACGGAAAUCAAGAACAAAGGUGACAACGACAAAAUCCCCAGAGAGGAGAAGCCACGCAAAAAUUUGGAGUGUGGAAAGAGCUUUAGUCAGAGCUCCCAUUCCACUUGCCAUCAACAAAAUAUCAUUGGAAAGACACUCUAUCAGUGCAUGGAAUGUGGAAAGAGGUUCAGGAAGAGCUCCAUUCUCACUUACCAUCAAAGAAUUCAUACAGGGGAGAAACCAUAUCAGUGUGUGGAAUGUGGAAAGAGCUUCACUCACAGCUCCAAUCUCACUUCCCAUCAAAGAAUUCAUACAGGGGAGAAACCCUAUCAGUGUGUGGAAUGUGGAAAGAGUUUCAGGCAGAGAGUCAGUCUCACUUCCCAUCAAAUAAUUCAUACAGGGGAGAAACCCUAUCAGUGUGUGGAAUGUGGAAAGAGCUUCACUCAUAGCUCUUCUCUCACUUCUCAUCACAGAAUUCAUACAGGGGAGAAACCCUAUCAGUGUGUGGAAUGUGGAAAGAGCUUCAGGAAGAGCUCCUCUCUCACUUCCCAUCAAAGAAUUCAUACAGGGGAGAAACCCUAUCAGUGUGUGGAAUGUGGAAAGAGCUUCACUGAUAGUUCCAAACUCACUUUCCAUCACAGAAUUCAUACAGGGGAGAAACCCUAUCAGUGUGUGGAAUGUGGAAAGAGCUUCAGGAACAGUGCCCAUCUCACUUCCCAUCACAGAAUUCAUACAGGGGAGAAACCCUAUCAGUGUGUGGAAUGUGGAAAGAGCUUCAGGAAGAGCUCCCAUCUCACUUCCCAUCAAAAAAUUCAUACAGGGGAGAAACCCUAUCAGUGUGUGGAAUGUGGAAAGAGCUUUAGGAACAGUGCCCAUCUCACUUCCCAUCAAAGAAUUCAUACAGGGGAGAAACCCUAUCAGUGUGUGGAAUGUGGAAAGAGCUUCCGUCAGCGCUCCGCUCUCACUUCCCAUCACAGAAUUCAUACAGGGGAGAAAACCUAUCAGUGUGUGGAAUGUGGAAAGAGCUUCACUGUUAGCUCUAAACUCACUUCCCAUCAAAGAAUCCAUACAAAGGUCGGAAAAACCAGUAUACAGCUUUAGGAGCCAGGCAAAUCCACGGCUUUUUAACCGGGCCUUUUUCUUAUUGACAUCUAAUACUAUUUUAACAUGUGAUGCUUUGUGUUAUUAUGUUGUGUUUUUAUGUUCUAAGCAUUCUGAGACGUGUGGGUGUAGGGAAUACGGCCAACUCCUAAAUGCCAAGGGGUCUUUGUCCCCCCUAUUAAAUAUUGGAGGAGGCCACCCCCCAGGUUUUCUUUGUGUGUUUUUUCAAAUGCAACCUUUUUUUCUUCCACUACUUGCCAUACAAUUUCGCUUUCAAUUUGCCCUUUUAAGAAAU